AUGGUACCAGCGUUCUUGUAUUCCAGUGUACCUGAGUUCCCGAGUCCCAGAGUCGAGAGUACGAGCGUUCCAGAGUACGAGAGUUCCAGAGUACGAGCGUUCCAGAGUACGAGCGUUCCAGAGUUCCAGAGUACCAGCGUUCCAGAGUACGAGCGUUCCUGUUCCUGUGCCGGUUUUCUUGGUUACUGGAUUUCUGGAUUAGCGGAUUUACCAGAUUGGCUAAUACUAAGUUUCGGAAAGGUGUUGGUUUUCUUGGUUAAUGGAUUUCUAGAAAGUCAUGGAACAGUUGGAUUGAUUACAUUGAAUCGGCCAAGGCAAUUGAAUGCUUUAUCAAGUGAUUUAUUUAAUGAUGUUAAUGACGCAUUGGAAAAGUAUGAUAGUGACCCGGAAAUUAGAGCAAUUGUAAUUACUGGAAGUGAAAAGGCUUUUGCUGCUGGAGCAGACAUUCAAGAAAUGGCAGAUAAAACUUUUGCAGAAGUUUAUAAGACAAAUUUUCUUUGGCAUUGGGGGAAAAUUAAUGAAAUAAAAAAGCCAAUUAUUGCUGCUGUUAAUGCAAUGAGUUGUGAUAUAAUUUAUGCAGGUGAAAAGGCUAUAUUUGGUCAACCUGAAAUUAAAUUAGGUGUAAUACCAGGUGCUGGUGGAACUCAAAGACUUACAAGAGCGAUUGGUAAAUCAAAAGCAAUGGAAAUAAUUCUUACGGGUAAAAAUUUUACAGCUCAAGAAGCAGAACAAUGGGGACUUGUAAGUAAGAUAUUCCCGGUGGAUAAAUUACUUGAUGAAUCAAUUAAACUUGGUCAAGAAAUUGCUGGAUUUUCACAGCCAGUCACCCAAGCUGCUAAAGAGUCCAUUAAUAAAUCAUUUGAAUUAUCGUUAAAAGAAGGAAAUCAUUUUGAAAGAAGAUUGUUCCAAACUCUUUUUGCAUUGAAAGAUAAGUUUGAAGGUAUGGAGGCAUUCCUCAAGAAACGUCUACCACAAUGGAAACACGAAUAA